AUGGGCUUCUCUGACAACGAGAGGCUCUCCAAAUCGCCAGCACCCUUUCGUGGGCUCAGAGGAUCGGACUCAGAGGAGGACAAGCCUAAAACAGAGGCGGACGCUGACGAUGAGCCCGUCCCAGUCACUCCUCACAGGACCCGUAGCGACGAGACCAGCUCUAAGCUGCGCGACAGGAGUACGGCUCGAGAGAGGAAAUCCGACAGCGAUGUGCCGAGCGCGAUGGGACCGAUUCGUCUGUCGAAAUCAGAUCAGCCCCAAUCGUCACUUCAAGCAAAGUCACCAACUCAUAACGAGGUUUCUCGUCCUGACGAGGGCUUGGUUAAACUGUCCAAAAUUUCCGAAGGAAGGGCCAGUACAAGUCAGGACGGCGAAGCCUCCACAACCUUCUUACCAACGCCGCCGAAAUCGAACAAGAAAAGGCGCCGGGAUCAUUCUGUAGAUACGGAGAGGCAGGUUAAGAAAAGUCGAGAGUCCCCGCCCGUCGUUGACAGCCCUCUUUCCGUGGAGCGCGAGCUGAAGAAAGGCAAGAAGACCUACAACACCCCACUACAGCAGCCAAAUCUUCUGCCGACUCCCAAUCUGACUCCAGAUAGCGGUAAAAAGAAGAAACGAUGGCCAAUGAAAGAGGUGAUUAAAUCGUAUACAUCAAAGAAUUUCAAGUUGCUUCGCCCGCCCAAAGUCACUCGCAAGCCAACAAACACCUCCGAGAAGACUUCUAGUCCCUCGUAG